AUGCCCUCCCCUGCCUCUGUUGCAUCGACAACCCGCAGCAGCGCCACUGGGGGUGUGACGAUUAAGCGGAAGGUGGACGAUCGGGUCCGCCACAUUAUUGAGAAUGCAGUACAUAAGAAACAUCGUGCGUUGCUUCUUCUCGUUGGUGACCGCGGGAAGGACCAGAUCGUCAAUCUGCACCAGAUGGUCUCUCAUGCCAACCAUAGUGCCAAGGUGAGUGUGCUGUGGUGCAUGAAAAAGGAACCGGAUUUUGGUUCGACAAGCAGCAAAAAACAAGAGAAGCGUGCGCGUCUUGAGGUGAAGGGUGGCAUGUCAACUGAAGCAACGAAGGAGGCUUUUCAGACAUUUCUUUCUCAAACAUCAAUUCGUUUCUGCCAAUACAAGGAGACUCACAAGAUCCUUGGUCAGACGUUUGGAAUGGCUGUGCUGCAGGACUUUGAGGCGAUCACACCCAACACACUUGCGCGUACCAUUGAAACAGUGAAGGGUGGUGGAAUUAUUGUCAUCAUGUUCCGUGCGAUGCGUUCGCUAAAGCAGCUCUACACCAUCGCAAUGGAUGUUCAUGCAAGAUAUCGUACCGAAGCAUUGCGCGAUGUGGUGCCGCGGUUCAAUGAAAGAUUUCUUCUUUCUCUUGUGGAUUGUGAGACGGCGCUUUGCGUCGAUGACGAAUUAAACGUUCUCCCCAUCACCACAAAGAUGCAGUCGGUAGAGAAUGCACGCGCCACCAGCUACGAGGCGGAGUUGGUGUUACAAGGCCAUCAGAAACACGAGGCGGAUUUAAUUGCUUUAAAAGAUCGACUUUCUGGGAGCAAUGAAGUGGGGCCACUUGUGGCAAUUUGCCAAACAAUUGACCAGGGCAAAACGGUCCUCUCGCUCAUGCAAACUGUUAUGGAGAAGUCUCUUAACACAACUUGUGUCGUCACGGCGGGUCGUGGACGUGGCAAAUCCGCAGCACUCGGCCUCGCCGCAGCUGGUGCGCUGGCCCAGGGGUACAGCAACAUCUUUUGUACGGCUCCAUCUCCAGAAAACUUGCAAACAUUUUUUGAGUUUGUGAUACGAGGACUGAAGGAGUUGGGGUACACGGAGCGCACGGAAUUUGAGGCCAUGCAGAGUACUAAUAUAGAAUUUAGCAAGUGUAUCGUGCGCAUUAAUCUCUUUCGUGAGCACCGUCAAACGGUUCAGUAUAUCUCUCCUCACGAUGCCUCAAAAUUUGCACAGGCGGAGUUGGCUAUCAUUGAUGAAGCAGCCGCAAUUCCGUUGCCUGUUGUGAAGCAAAUGUUGGGUCCUUACCUGGUCUUUCUUUCAUCGACGGUCUCUGGCUACGAGGGUACAGGGAGAAGCUUAUCCAUGAAACUUGUUGCAGAUAUGCGUAAACAUUGUGGAAGCGAUGGGGGCGUUGCUGCUGCUGCGGGAAAUUCGGAUGACAGGCGUUUUCUCCGUGAGAUUGCGUUGACGGAUGCCAUUCGUUACGGCCCCAAUGAUCCAGUCGAGCUGUGGCUGCACAAACUACUGUGCCUUGACACCACCGUACGGCCCACAGGUGUGAAGACGUGCCCACAUCCCAGCAAGUGUGAGCUGUACUAUGUCAAUCGUGAUGCCCUGUUCUCAUACCACCCAUUUGCGGAACAAUUACUUCAGACGAUUGUGUCACUGUUGGUUGCGGCUCAUUACAAAAAUCAGCCCAAUGACUUACAGCUGAUGUCGGAUGCCCCUGGCCACCACUUGUUUCUUCUUUGUCCUGUGAGUGUGGAUGCGAAGGGUGGUCUUCCGGAUGUUUUUUGCGUCAUUCAUGCUUGUGAAGAGGGGCAAGUGACAUCUGAAGCGAUUAAGAGUAAUCUUAGCCGUGGUGUACGCCCCGCGGGUGAUCUCAUUCCGUAUACAUUGUCACAGUGCUACCUUGAAGAAGGAUUUGCCAAACUUGCUGGACUUCGAAUUGUGCGUAUUGCCACCAAUCCAGAAUUGCAGCGUGCGGGAUAUGGUUCUCGCGCUCUGAUGCUGCUCUACGAAUAUUACAGUGGCUCUAUUUCUCUUCGCCCCGCUCCGGCGUUGUCUUCCCCUUCUUUGGCGCAGGGCGUUAAUGAUGGGGCCGGUGCCUUGGAGGAUGAUGCCAGCAGCACCAUUAUUCUUCCGCGGAAACGUAUUCCUACUCUUCUUACCCCACUGAUUGAUCGUCCAUAUGAGGUUAUUGAAUAUCUUGGUGUGAGCUUUGGUGUGACGACUGCGUUAUUUAACUUUUGGAGGCGCGCGGGUUAUGAACCUUUAUAUCUUCGCCAUGCUGCGAAUGAACUUACGGGUGAGCACAGCUGUGUGAUGGUGCGUCCUAUUGGUUUGGAUCUUGCACUUUUGCGGGCGGAGUUUCGUCGGCGGUUUAUUCCACUUCUCGCAAUGCCAUUUCGCCACCUUUCAACGGAGUUGGCGCUGAGCAUUUUGAAGGAUAUUGACGUCAAUGAUCCCCAAAAGCUGGCAGCUGCCACGGAUCUUUCCCAGGCCUCGGCACAUGUUGUUCGUGUGGGCGGUCAAGUGCAGUGCACAUGGUCAGAUCUGGAGAAGAUCUUUAGCGGCAAUGACAUGAAACGGCUGAAGCUGAACGCCACCAUGUUUGUGGAUGGCGGGCAAGUAUUGGAUUUGAUUCCUGCCAUUGCAAAGCUUUACUUUGAAUAUCGGCUGCACCGACUACCGGAUGGUUCCGAGGGUGUCGUGUUGUCACAUGCACAGGCAGCUUUGUUGCUUGCGGUAGGUUUGCAGUGCCAGACGGUGGAGCAGGUGGCCCAACAGACGGCAUUUGCGGGUGUGCCGAUACAGCAACUGAGGGCAUUUUUGCAGAAGGCCGUCUCCCGCAUUGUUGAACAUUUCUCUCGACUUGAGAAGCUGAAGUCACCAGGAACGAAUGGCACCGAGACUACCCGGGAAGAGGGGGCGGGGGAGACGGAGGAGGAUGCUCGUGAGAUAUAUGACAAGGAUGGAAAACUCGUUGGCCUCUCCGUGGAGAAAAAGCUGCGACGCUUAAUUAACGUGGACUCCACACUCCUGCGUGAUGCCAAGUCCUCAUUGCAAGGGAUGAAGAAUGAGGCAGCGAGCGCCACUGGCCUGCAGCGUGCAUUUAAGCGGACAAAGAAAACUCGACGCAGUUGA